AUGGAGCGCUUUGCGAAGCCUGGAGUCCUCUGCUUCGCAGAUGCUACGCAACCCUUUUGCAAGCAUGCGCUGGACUUGAGGCUCUAUCAAGCCUUGCAGGGCGUUUGCAUCUGGACGCUGGCGCUUCUGCUCCGUGUUCUGGGCGAUGCCGGUGGGGCGGCGAACCUGUGGGAGUUCUGCAAUGCUGAUGCCCUGUGCGCGGUGAUCUUCGUGAAGGGUGCGCUGAGCUUCUCGCGAGGUAAGCGAGAGACCUCGUGUAUUCGCAUCCCUCAUGACCUUGCAAAGCUGCAGAGGGCGAUCCUCUCCAGCGCCCUGGGCCUCAGCAACCCCGGCCUCGUGUUUGCAGACGGGGAGUGUGGAGACAUGAGCAUCGUGGAGCGACAGGAGCAGCUGCUGAGCCAUUGCGCACUGCUUGCGGCUGUGGCCUCUGAGAACGAGCUCACCGACUGUCUUCUGGCCUUUGACUGGGCAAAGGCUGCUGACCAAGUCACAAGGCUCGCUGCACAUCUUGCUAUCAUGGCUUCCUCAACGCAGCUCUCACUUCCCCAUCUCGAAGAUGCUGCGGCCAACUAUUUGCGCCACUUGAAGUUGAGGUCCAUGAUCAUUUGGGAUAUACUCCAACUGGAGACUUCACCAGGGCGCAGCUUCCUUCGCGACUGCUCACAACUGGCAUUCUACAUCGAGCCCAGCCCAGAGGCAGCGAGCUCCAUAGUUGCUGGAUUGGAGAAGGGCGACGCUCUUUCCGUGGCCUUCGCGUGCGUUGUGCUGGCCAACGCGGGCCUGGAGCCACGAGCGACAGCCAUGAGCAGCCUUGUUACCAAGCUGUCCGCGGCUGUCAGGGCACAGGCACAGAGCCAACUGGAAACAAUUAGCUGGUGGAGAGAGGACAAGGCAAGAAUCAUGCAUGUGCAUAUCUACAAGCUGGUCUCCAAAGUCUGCAGCAACUUGUGA